CUGACCUUACGUAGCACUUUGAAUCAGGGAGAAAAGAGGUGGUGAUUUCCAUCUAAAUUCUGCGGACGAUUUGUUUGUAUUGUGCAAUUUUCUCCUCCAUUGCAGAUCAUACGAGUGGAAUGAGCUGUUUUUUCACACUGGUCGUUUCCACUGCAGCAUGGGAACUGCCGUGUCCAAGAAGAAGAAUUUAAAGAAUGAUGCGAUUUCUUCUGUUGCCGCAAAAGUUAGAGCAGCUCGAGCAUUUGGAGAAUACUUUUCUCACACUCACCCAGAAAACUGCAACGGAUCAGAUCAGUUGCUAUCUGACACCUUCAUUGGUCAAGACACAGAGUCCCCGGACAUCAGCAGUCUAAACAACAAAAAUAGCCUUCAGCGAUACUCCUGUCACACUCUUAUGGUUAAACCAAAUCAAGAAGAUAUUCAGCCAGGCAGCCAGUCUGCUCCUCUUCCUACCAGUUCCAAGUGUCGACUCUCAGUUGAGCGCAGCCUCUCCUCUGAGGACCAGCAACAUCAUAGGUGUGUGGAGAUCUCUUCGAAACCAGCACGUGUCUAUACCAUUACCAGAGAGCGAGAUAUGCUUGGGGGCCAGGGAAGCGAGGAGAGUUUGGAACUAGAGGUGCUAAAGAGGACCACAGAGCCACCACGAGCCAGCGCUCCCUCCAAUUUACGUGGCACCCAUCAUCGAGGUAGCCAUCAACGUGGAAACAACGGCCACACCCACCGGCAUCACUAUGGUCAAGCCCCUGUGACACAACCUUUGCAGAGCUCAGGGAGCACUCAUAACAUCCGGGACUGGGGAUCGAGGCGGAGCAGGUCGAGAGAGGACUGCACUCCAGAUUGUGUGGCAUGCAUUCGGCCACACUGUCAAAGCCAGCGCUCUUUGGACCUUGAUACCUCAACUCAUGAUGGUGGCAAGCAGCACAAGAAGCUGGAGAGGAUGUACAGUGAGGACCGUGUGUCCUCUGAGGACAGAGAGGAUCAUGCCAACAGCUGGUUCCCUAAAGAGAACAUGUUCAGCUUCCAGACUGCAACCACCACAAUGCAAGCGGCAUUCCGUGGAAUUGCAGAGAGAAAGAGGAGGAAAAGAGAGCAAGAGUCCACCACCAUGAUGGAGAGAAACUUCCGGAAGCACCUGAGGAUGGUGGGCAGCAAAAGGGUCAAGGCCCAGACAUUCACUGAUUGCAAAGCGAAGAGUUUCAGCCGCUCCUGGAGUGACCCCACCCCUAUCAAGCCUGACUCUCUCCAUGACUCCAGAGACAGUGGAGACCUCCAGGCAUCAUCUGGCAAUCUAGAUGAAGCAGAGUUUGAUGAUGUAGUCUGGGAGGAAGAGAGGGAGAUGGAAAAAGCAUCUUGCAUGGGCGAUGACUUCAUCCCACCCAAAAUCAUGCUAAUUUCAUCGAAAGUCCCAAAGGCUGAGUACGUUCCCAACAUCAUCCGCCGGGACGACCCCUCCAUAAUCCCUAUUCUCUACGAUCACGAACAUGCCACCUUUGAUGAUAUACUAGAGGAGAUUGAAAAGAAACUAACCGCCUACAGAAAAGGCUGCAAAAUCUGGAACAUGCUUAUCUUCUGUCAGGGAGGUCCAGGCCAUUUGUACCUAUUGAAGAACAAGGUGGCCACAUUUGCUAAAGUGGAAAAGGAGGAAGAUAUGAUACAGUUCUGGAAGAGACUUGGCAAAUUCAUGAGCUUAUUAAAUCCCGAGCCCAACCUCAUCCACAUUAUGGGCUGCUAUGUGCUUGGCAAUGCUAACGGAGAAAAGCUUUUUCAAAACCUCAAGCGACUGAUGAAACCUUGUGCCAUUGAGUUUAAGUCUCCUCUGGAACUGUCUGCACAGGGUAAGGAGAUGAUUGAGAUGUACUUUGACUUCCGUCUCUACCGUUUGUGGAAGAGCCGUCAGCACUCCAAACUUGACGACUAUGAUGACCUUCUGUGAUGUUGUGUCGUUGGUUUAAGCAGCCCAAGAGGCAGGUAGCUUAAUUUAGGGCCCACGUGCCAACGUUCCCUCCCAAAAAGCCUGGGCGGAAAUGUCCAGAGGUGGAGAAGGGACAGUGAAAGAUGAGGUUGAGGAUGAAGAUGGUUGACUUUACAAAGAUGUUUGAAUCCUCAGCCCUCAAAUGUACUGAGAGGCGAAGUAGCCACUGCUGUUAGGUGCAGUGUGUUCACUGCCAUCCAUUUGAGCUUUCAGCCUCUGAGAGAAAGAGGAACAUUUGGUAGAUAAGCAUAACAGUCUUUUAGCCUAUGUGAAGGUAUAAAAAGUAAUGUUCAAUAUCUAUGAGAACUGAAAGUUUGUGAUAAGAUUUUUGAUGGAAAAAUAGGAACAGUUACUUUUACUAUUUUUGAAUAGCCGUGUUUGUGGUAAACUAGCAGGGAUAGUGAUGCAAAGGCUAUUUUCUAAACAGGCCUAGAGGUUAAUAUUUAAUUCACUAUCAAUGAGUGCAGGAAAAACUGGAACUACAUGUCUGUUGAAUUUACAUAUCCAAUCUAACUCUAUAGAAUAACUAUUGUAAUUUAUCUUUCAACAUAAUAAUAUUGCACAGUUUUACAUUUUUAAAUAUGGUGUUUUCUGUUUAGAAUUGUUUAGAGGGGGGAAAAAACUCAGGUUUCAUUCGUUUUACUGACCACCUCCUGUACAAUACUUUCUGUAGACAAAGAAGAAAACAGUGGAAAAAGAAAUAGAUUUUUUUUUUUCAACUCAGCAGGAAGCCAGAAUGAUUGAGUUACCUGAGAGCAGUUAAAAUAACACUCACUAUAUAUGUAUCAGGGGAUUUGUGUGUGUUUGAGUGUUUUAUUAUAGAUUAAGUUUACAGAUCCAUUGUCUAAAUUUCCAUCAAAUAAUUUAUGUGUAUUAUUAAGGCAUGUGUAGACAGAGCUUGCUAUAGAUCGGCAGAUUUUGUCUUGUGGUAUCUUCCAACUUUUAGCUUUGGUUGACACCUUUUCAAAAUUUUCUAGAACAGUAUCUUAAGCAAACAUCAGAUUUUGAUUAAAUAUAGACAGAAAUACACAAUGACUUUCUCUCAGAUUGUAUCAUAUUUGUAUUGUAUUUCCCUGGCUGUGUUUUGUCAUAUGCAUCUGUGUGUAUUUAAUGUGAUGUCAUGAUGAGCUAUUCAGAAGUUUUUUGGUCUUUGAUAUCGCAGCAAACAUUAUUAUGUGGAAGAUAACUCUUUUUGAUCUUUUUGAUUCAUACAUAUCUCAUGAGUCAAAGUGCAAUUGUAUCUGCAAUAUUUCUCUUAGAAUAGUAAGUAGUACUGAAUGUUACUGUGAUCAUGUUUUGAAUAUCGAAAUUAGCUUUUCACACUUGCUUUUUACUUUUUUUUAAAUAGUAUACAGGAUAAUGUAGUGGCCUCUAAAGAGGUACUCUGAGGAUGAAAAUGUUCUCAAAGCUCUUUAGUUGGUGCGUAAGUGUGUUUUGGAUGCACCAAAUAGAUAAAUAGAUAUACUGGAAGAUAGUUUAAUGAUCAUGAGUAGAUUUUCAAGUGCAAAACAGCAGCAUUGCAACAGACAGUUCAAGGCAUUACAUAGAAUGCUGCCAGGUACAAAAUAUGUAAUGUGGUUACUCUUUUCUGGGUUUACAACUGGGGGAGGAGAAGACAUUGCAAUAUCUGGUGGCAGCAAUCAAAAAUAUCUCCAAUAUCACAUUUUAAAACAACAUAAACUGGUGUCUAAAAGUGCCCUCAUGUCUUGAAGAGGAUGUGAAGAAUUACACAUAUUUGUGUCUGUGUGUGUGAUUGUGUGUUUCAAUAGUAGAGAUGUGCAACGGGGCACUGAGAUGUGAAGGAUGCAUCUAUGUUUGCCUCCAUGUUGAUCCAUCACACUCUUUUUAUCUUUGACCACUCAUGCAGACACCCAGAAAAUUAAAUAAAGCAGUACAGCAUAUGUAUUUAUCUAGGGCCAAAAUCAUAAUCAAAACAGUCCAAGAGCUCCCAUACUGAGGAAAUCAGAGAUUUGUUUCUGAUGAUUGCAUUUCUUCAUAUGUAAUGCUUUAUAUUUUGCCUUCCAGGCUCAUUUAAGCUCAUGUUAUCAUCUCUUGACUGUUUCUGCUAAGUCAUUGUAUCCUAUAAUAACAAAGUAGACUGUAAAAUAGACUUCAUGUAUAGAGAGGUGAUA